AUGAACUCUACUCGUACUUCCACCAUGUUGGCGCUCCAGUGUUUAGUCAUGCUCGCUUCUUGGACCGCCAGCCGUGCCGUGGCACCCCCCAAGACAGGCGCCACGGACAGCGUGACGAACGGCUCAUCUGAAUUGCUCACCGUGCCACUGAGGAAGCAGUACGUGCCCAUAGAGAAGAACGGGGCUGUCAUAGCCUACAAGACGUCGUACUUCGGCAACAUAUCUGUCGGCAUGCCAGAGCCCCAGGAGUUCACCGUGGUGUUCGACACUGGCUCCGCGCACCUCGUGCUUCCCUGCACCGGCUGUGAGAGCGAGACGUGCGCCAAGCACAGGCUGUACAACCGCUCCUUGUCUGGGACGAGCGUGGACAUCGAACACGAUGGCAAGUUGGUCCCAGCAGGCGUUGACAAGAGCCAGCGCGAACAGCUCUCCAUCACGUUCGGGACGGGCAAGGUCGUCGGUGAGUUCGCGGAGGACAAGGUGUGCCUGGGGCCGCGGGCGGAGGACUGCAGCACCAUGCGGGUGGUGCUCGCGAACGACAUGUCCGCGGAGCCCUUCGGGCUGUUCGCCUUCGACGGCGUGCUCGGGCUCGGCCUCGACGCGCUGGCGCUGAACCCCGAGUUCAGCUUUUUCGGGAGGAUGACGCGGCAGCAGCCCGCCAUGCUGCCCCAGUUCUCAGUCUUUCUCGCGCGGAACGACGAGAGCCUCAGCACCAUCUCCUUCGGCGGCCACCAGCCGGAGCGGGCCGCCUCGGCGCUGCGCUGGGCGCCGGUGGCCAUGCCGGAGCUGGGCUACUGGCAGGUGGAGAUCAAGUCGGUCCGGAUCGGGGGCGAGGUCCGGCCACGCGUGAGCGGGCCGGUGCCGCGCCAUCCUGGAUACCGGCACCUCGCUGCUGGGAGUGCCGCGCCAGGUCUCCCGGCCGAUGCAGCGCCUGCUCGCCCGCACGCCGCCGCAGGACGCCGACGUGGAGGACAUGGACUGCCGCGACGUGCAGGGGAACGACAUCGAGUUCGACUUGGGCGAUCAGGUCGUCAGGGUCGGGGCGGAGGACUACUCGCGCCCCAGGCCCUUCAACAUCACCGCGGACACGCCCGAGGGCUGGCAGCUGUCGUGCCGGUCCCUGCUCCUGCCCCUGGACAUCGAGGCCCCGCUGGGCCCCCUGGUCUUCAUCUGGGGCGAGCCGGUGCUCCGGAAGUACCUGACCAUCUACGACUGGAGCGCCAAGCAGAUCGGCUUCGCCGACGCGGGCGCGCCGGCGGGGCCGGCGGAGCUCGACGCCGUCGGGCGACCGCCUGCUGGCUCCUUGGCCGCUGGGGCGCCGCUGCUGUCCAGGCCUCUGGCGCGGACGGCUGCCGCGGAGGAGGCUGA